GAGGUUCGACUGUGAUGAUAAUAAUAAUUAUGCCAUACUGAAAUGAUACCAUUAUAGAAGGUACAUGUCCAGUACCUAACAUUCAAUCAUCAUUAGAAUGUCAGGAGUUUUGAAUGAAUACUUUGUGCUAUCUGCACAGAUGUAGUUUGACUCAGUUUUGAUCUUAAAGUCACAACCCUGGAAUUCCAACAGGGUAAAUGCAAAUGCUCGUAAAGAGGAAACAAGAGCAAGCAUAUUUCAAGUAAUGUUGAGAAUUAAAUAAGAUGGUCUAGUGGUUGACAUGUUGGGUCCAGAGUUUGGUUUGUGUUGCAUUCUUUCAACCUUUAAAUAAGGCACUUCACUCAUACAUGUAGGCCUAUCUUCAUAAAGUGCAGGGGGUCUCAGUUAUUUGACAAAGCACCCAAAUUCUUACAUGGUUUCUAACAGUUGCUGUAUGUCUUACAUGGAUGUUGUUUUAUUUGUUAUUUUAGUGGACUAUCGUGUCCAACCCUUAGUGAUGCUUGUGAAGAAGUGGGCCAAGAAACAUGACAUCAAUGAUGCUAGUUGUGGAACACUCUCCAGUUAUGCUCUUACGCUGAUGGUUAUUCACUAUUUACAAGGCAUUUGUAAGCCUGCUGUAGUUCCUGUCUUACAGAGGCAAUAUCCAGCAGUGUUUAAGUACCAUGGAGAUGUAUCAAAUCUUAUAAGUCAAGAUCCGUGUAAACAUAUUGCUUGCAAUCAGUCAGAGAACAGGCAAUCCCUAGGAGAGCUGUUUGUGGGCUUUUUUAAGUACUAUGCAUUGGAUUUUAGAUGGAACAGUGACUAUAUAUCAAUUGCAAGGGGUACUGCCUAUCCAAGAUAUUCUGGACAAUGGAAGACAAAGCCUAUUGUUAUAGAGGAACCUUUUGAUGGGAAUAAUGUUGCUAAAGCCGUCAACCAUCACUUUGACAAGAUCCAUAUGAAGUUCAGGCUGGCAUGGCACACGCUUAAAAUCUCACCAAGUCUUGAAAGCAUCAAGGUUACCUAGACACGACUAGACGUCCUGUGUUGAAAAGAAUACCCACGUAAAUUGAUGGUACAAGUUUUAACAGAGUUAACUUCGACUUUCCUUUAGGCAUGGCACACGCUUAAUAUCUCACCAAGUCUUGAAAGCAUCAAGGUUACCUAGACACGACUAGACGUCCUGUGUACAGAACCAUACCGUGCAUCCUCUCUAUGUGUCAUUACUGAACAUGAAUUGGAAAAAAGGUUGGCCUGGAUGCCUUUAAAUACGCGGCUUACAUUGGCCAAAGAUUCUUGUGUGGACCAACAUUUGUGUUUGACGCGGCUUUGAAUCGCGAUUCAUCGUUACUUCAUCUUCGGGUUGCAAAGCAAGUGCAACGAGACUGUCAUUCCAAAUACAACCAUUCAAAUGACAGACUCUCCUUUGAAAUCUGUCUUUGCCCAUCUACAAAUGCUGUACGUUUUGAAUGCAAAGUUCAUUUUGUGAGCAUGUUUCCCUGGCUGGUUUUAAAUAGCAGCAACUCCAAGAGAGGUUUUGGCUCUUUGAAACUCGAAUUUCUUCACACCAGCAGACGGAACAUUUACCAGUGACUGAAGCCCUGUCCAAACGGGAAAUGUUUGGCGACCAAACUCGAUCAAACAUUGUUUUUGGUGACCAAACAUGUUGAUGUUGUACCAGUAUCAAACAUGUCUGAACAUGGUCGGUGUCCAAACGAACAACAUGUUUUACAAUGUGUGAUCCAUUGUUUGUCGGCGUUCAGAUUCUAUUAUACACGAUCAAACAAGGUGAUGUCCAAACGGAAAAAUGUUUGAUCGUGUUUAGUGGCCAAACAUUUCUCGUUUGGACUGGGCUUUUAAAACAUCGCGUACACUAUAAACAUGGUUUUGACGCAACAGUAUUUUAAAUCCUCUAAGUUGAAAUGAGUCGUUUUUACUCAGUUAUGUAAAUGAUCGAUGCACUGUUUAAAUGGCGUAAUUCAUGACAUAAAAGAGAAAUUAUGAUAAGUACACCGUAAUCUGUAAACUGUACCUUUAUUUAUAUAUCUAAAGUGUAUAGCCUAGAGUAUUGUAUUAAUAGAUAUUAUAUUAUUGCUAUAGUUUUUGAAAUAAAGUGUACAUGAUAUAUGCUCAAAUUGACGUACAUGACUGAUUUUGAUAAUUUAUCUGCCGCUUGUUAUUCGGGCUUAUUUUCUGUUGAAGCUUAAUAAGCUAGUUCAAUAUCCUAUCUUGUGCCUGUAAUUUCCUCUGGUAGCAUUUUGAGAUGCGGCUUUCGUGCCGUUAUGAAUGCAGCCGUGAGUAAAGAAUAACUUGAACAUCUUGUGAUUGGAGUUUUCCAUUCUAACUUUUCUCGCUUAUUUGCAUUUUGUGUGACAAAAAGAGCUUUUUUCUUUCUUGACACCCUGUUUCAGUUGCUUCGUCGAGUCAACUCUGCCUGUUCUUUGCUAGCAUGGCCCUCUUCAACUUGUGAGCUGAAUUUGUGGUAACAUAGCUUGUUGGUGUGUAUUCCAAACAGUGCCGCUGUAGUCUCCACGUGAAAAUAUUUCCAUUGCCGUAUCAGCGUUAUCCCUGGUUCAAGGUAGCAGCGUUAGCAAGAGUCCAAAACCCAAACAGUUCCCCUCUCUGUGACAUUGUUUUCUCACGGGUUGCUUUCUUUUGGAAUCCCCCUCAACACUAUGUAGGGAACUCCCCAUUCAGAUGACCAACAAGGCCAGAAGGUCAGCGCUGGGCGAAGCUGUGGAAACUCCGUUGCAGCGUAGAAGUAAGCGCCGAGGACACAACCAGUGUAUCCGGCGAUAAAUAUCAGUAUAUGCCACGCGCAGUGAAGAUAAGGGAACGACACGGACCUCCAUAUAUCACAGAAUACUCUGUCGUUCACCCAGAAGAGCACAGCAACAAACCACCAUCCAGCACACGUAAAUCCCAGUCUCCUGACUUUCAGAUUUUGACAGCUGUGGACGGAAAAAUAAUCCGAAAACUUUGAUGUUUUCUUUUACUGACGUUUCGAGUAUUAUAUCGUAAAACAAAUCGAAUUGCUCGUCAAGGCAGAACAACUUUUAUCUUCAGAAAGCCAAGUGACCUCCCAGUACACUUCCAGCGUUCUUACUUAUCGAUUCGCGUGUGUAGUAUUUAAGCCUUAUAUUUUACUUACGGUAUAGUACCAGAAGCUGUAGAGAGAAUGUGCUUAGAAUGUACCCAAGAUGAGAACAAAUGA